CUGAAAAAAAAAAGAAGAAUAAGAAAAUAAAGAUAGAGCAGAAACGAAAUGAGAGAUAUGGAUGAGAGGGUGAUGAAACAUUUUGUUCUGGUUCAUGGCGCUGGUCAAGGAGCAUGGUGUUGGUAUAAACUGGCGAUGUUGCUAAAAUCUGGGGGUCACAGAGUCACAGCUCUAGAUCUCGCAGCUAGUGGUGUCGACCCAAAGCAGCUCAAUCAGGUCUCAUCGGUAUUCGAAUACGUGCAACCUCUGAUGGAUUUGAUGGCCUCUCUUCCUCCAGAUGAAAGGGUGAUCCUAGUGGGUCACAGCUUGGGCGGCAUUGCCAUUUCACUAGCCAUGGAGAGCUUCUCCGAGAAGAUCGCCGCCGGUGUCUUCGUCACUGCCAUCAUGCCAGACUAUACAUCUCCUCCUGCAACUGUCCUAGAAGAGUUAUUUAGAAGAACUUCGCCAGAAUCUCUAUCAGGUAUUCAAUUGACGUUGGGUCCUACACCGGAGAGCAUCCCGGCUUCAAUUACAUUUGGGCCGGAGUACUUGGCACAGAGGAUGUACAACCGCUGCCAACCUGAGGAUAUUACACUGGCCAAAAUGCUGGUAAGGCCGGCGGCACUGUUCGGAGAAGAUUUAUCCAAGGACACAACACUGUUGUCUGAGGAGAAAUUCGGGUCGGUCAGUCGAGCUUUCGUGGUAUGCGAGGGAGAUAGAGUCCUGGAGGAAAGUUUCCAGCGGUGGAUGGUAGAGAAUUAUCCAACCGAAGAGGUGAAGGUGAUUAUGGGUGCUGAUCAUAUGGUGAUGCUCUCAAAGCCUCAUGAGCUCUGCUCAUGUUUACAGGAGAUUUCUGAGAAAUACGUCUGAUCUGAUGAGGAUGAUGAAUUGAUCAGUUGAAUGAAGAGUUUUGAUUUGGAUACCACAAUUAAUUCUAUGUUUAGGAAGAUGGAGAAGUCUUUGUACUACCUGUAGUUGUAUGCAGAAUUAUUGGCUUAAUUAAUUGCAGAAGACAAUAUAUCAUGAUUUUUCUUUUUUUUUUUAAUUUAUUUAUGGGUCUUCAGGUCUGGUGUAACUGUGAACUGUGAUCGAUCAUUUCCAAGUACUCCAAGACUCCAACCCUGUAUACAGACGAACAACUUUAUAUUCAUUUCUGGGUAUUUAUGGUGCAACCGCCCAG